AUGACGGCGGAUCCGGUGGCAACUUUUGCUCUAGGCAACAUUGCUCGAAGCCCAGGAGAUUCUACAGGUAAUAAUUCUUCAAAAUCAAUGGAACUCGAAGCAUUUUGGGCGCCAUUCCUUCUCUUGCAUCUUGGUGGCCCAGAUACUAUCACUUCUUACUCAAGAGAAGACAACGAGUUGUGGUCAAGGCGCCUUCUUGAGUUUCUUUUUCAAGUUGUAACAGCAAUUUAUGUAUUUAUGCGGUCCUUGAGAAAACACCCUCUCUCACUUUUAGCUAUUCCUAUGUUGAUCACUGGAAUUCUCAAGUAUGGAGAGAGGACUUUGGUGCUCAAGCUUUCAAGUGCCAAAAAACUUAAAGAUUCUUUGUACCCGGCUCCCGAUCCUGGUCCAGAUAUUCUUGGACGUGAUACAGUACUCGACAUGGAUACUGUUACACAAAUGGGGACAAGCACUGAUUUGGUACCAGUAAGAAUUGAAAAAAGUGAAUGCAGCAACCCCAAAGACGAUUAUUUGGCUUCUCAUUUUUUAUUCAAGAGAUUUAGGUAUCUCUUUGCCGACUUAGUUCUUGGUUAUCACGAACAAAAGGAGAGCUAUGACAUAAUUCGGAUAAGGUCAGCAGCAGAAGCCUUCAAAUUGGUGGCAAUUGAGCUUGGAUUCAUGUAUGAUGUGCUCUACACCAAGGCAACCAUAGUUUAUUCCAAAUUCGGGAUCCUUCUUCGUUGCAUCUACCUCUUCUCUCAUAUUUUUGUAUCAGUUUUCUUCUUAAUCAUCAUUCAGAAGCAUGCCUAUCCAACAAUAGACGUCUGCAUAACUUGUGUACUCCUCUUUGGGGCUGUUGUUCUGGAGAUCUUUUCAUUCAUCGCACUAGUUCUUUUCUCCGACUGGUCAAAACUUUGGUGGACCAAGCUCAAAAACGCAAAACGUGUUUCUACAUCCUGUUGUAAUUGUUUACUUGCGAUCAAUAGUAAGAGGUGGUCGAGAUCAAUGGGUCAGAAAAACCUAAUAAGUUAUUGCCUUGAACGUGUAUCCGUGAGGAGUUUUCAAAAUGUAUUUGGCAUCAACGAACUCUGGAGCUUGACUUGGAAAGAUGUCAAUGAUGAUUUGCAGGAAUUCAUCUUCAAGCAGCUAUUAAAUAAAGGCAAGAAAAUUGAAGAGGGCGGUUUCACUGUCGAGCUAUGCAAAGAAUUCUUGGCUCAGAGAGGAGAUUAUGCGCUUAGUGAAAGGUUCUGUCUUGAUGAAUUUCGUUGGAGCACACUUGAUGUGGAGUUUGACCAUAGCCUUCUUCUUUGGCACAUUGCAACUGAUCUUUGUUAUUACAGCGAUUUCAAUGAGGACGAUCCCGAUAAUCUUCAUCCCAAAUGUAAGAUCAUUAGCAAAUAUUUAUCAGAUUACAUGUUGUAUCUGUUAAUCAUGUGUCCAAAUAUGUUGCCCAAAGGAUUUGGUGAGAUGAGAUAUAGAGAUACAUGUGCUGAGGCUGUAAGAUUUUUCCAAAAAACUGUUUCUAGAGCGUCUCAUAGAAGUGAUAAAUCCUCUAAAAUAAGAAAAGCUUGUAGGAACAUUCUUCAAGUCAACACCGAUUCCUCACUAGAAAGAAAGAAAGGAGAUAAAAGUAAGUCAGUUCUAUUUUUUGGAUGUAGGCUUGCUAAGCAAUUGCAAGCACUGGAAUUCGAAGAGGAUGGGAUGAAUAAUAUUGAAGAAAAAUGGGAGAUGAUAAGUGAAUUUUGGGUGGAAAUGUUGGCAUAUGCUGGAAGUCUUUGUGAAUGGAAAGAACACGGUCAACAGCUUAGGAAAGGUGGAGAGUUGAUUACUCAUGUUUCUCUUCUUAUAACACAUCUCGGCUUAAGUGAAAAAUAUCAAGUCAGGUCGCGAUUGGGUAUCUGGAGUGCUUUCUUUGCUGAGAUGUUGGCUGUGAUUAUUGUUAUUGAAAUUGCCUCAUCUAAGGAGUGGUUGUCAGUUUGGUUAGAUUGUGACUCAGUUUCUGUUGUGUAUUGUUUGCUUAAUCCUAACUACCAACCUCCAUGGAAACUCUAUGUCGCUGGAAUAAUUGUCGCUCUAUAUCAUGCAAUGUAUCAGGAUACUGGCUUCGAAUUGUUAUCGAGAAGGCUUGUUAAGCAAUUGCAAGCACUGGAAGUCGAAGAUGAUGGGAUGAACAAUAUUGAAGAAAAAUGGGAGAUGAUAAGUGAAUUUUGGGUAGAAAUGUUGGCAUAUGCUGGAAGUCGUUGUGAAUGGAAAGAACAUGUUCAAUAG